GCACGAUCAACUAAGGAGCAACGGUGGGGAGGGCCUCUUCUCUCCAGAAAUCACUCCUUGGAGGAGGAAUUUGAAAGAGCAAAGGCAGCUGUUGAGUCAGAUACAGAGUUUUGGGAUAAAAUGCAAGCAGAAUGGGAAGAAAUGGCUCGCAGAAACUGGAUUUCAGAGAACCAGGAAGCACCAGGGCAAGUCACCAUCUCAACCAUUGAGAAGGGUUAUUAUUUCCAUACUGAGAAUCCCUUCAAAGACUGGCCUGGUGCUUUUGAGGAAGGACUAAAAAAAAUGAAAGAAGGUGACCUUCCAGUUACAAUCUUAUAUCUGGAGGCUGCUAUUCUACAAGAACCCAAUGAUGCAGAGGCCUGGCAGUUCCUGGGCAUAACACAGGCAGAGAAUGAAAAUGAGCAGGCAGCCAUUGUCGCCCUCCAAAGGUGCUUGGAACUACAGCCAAACAACUUAAAAGCUCUGAUGGCCCUGGCUGUAAGUUAUACUAACACUGGCCACCAACAAGAAGCCUAUCAAGCUCUAAGAAACUGGAUAAAGCAAAAUCCAAAAUAUAAGUAUAUAGUGAAAAGCAAAAAAGGGUCCCCAGCACUUACCAGGAGAAUGUCUAAGACAUCAGAUGAAAGCUCAUUACUUGAAGAAGUAAAGGAUUUGUACCUGGAGGCUGCACAUCAGAAUGGUGAUAUGAUAGACCCUGACUUGCAGACAGGACUCGGAGUUCUUUUCCACCUGAACGGAGAAUUCAACAGAGCAAUAGAUGCAUUUAGUGCUGCUUUAACUGUUCGGCCAGAGGACUAUACAUUAUGGAACCGUCUUGGAGCAACCUUGGCAAAUGGGGAUCGAAGUGAAGAAGCUGUCGAGGCCUACACACGUGCGUUAGAAAUACAACCUGGCUUCAUCAGGUCCAGAUACAAUUUAGGGAUAAGCUGCAUCAACCUCGGGGCAUACAGAGAGGCUGUCAGCAAUUUUCUCACUGCUCUCAGUUUGCAAAGAAAGAGCAGGAAUCAACAACAGGUUCCCCAUCCUGCUCUAUCAGGAAAUAUCUGGGCAGCCCUUCGAAUUGCUUUGUCUAUGAUGGACCAGCCAGAACUAUUUCAAGCUGCCAAUGUGGGUGAUCUAGACAUUCUGUUACGAGCUUUUAAUCUAGAGCCGUAA